UAUUCCAUUUAAUACUUCACAAUAAUGUGUGGGUUGCUGGAUGUUGCAUCCAAGGUGGAAACUGGCAACUGGCAAUUGCCUAGGAAUCCGAUCUCUCGAAGCCGAAGACACCUUUUUUGAAUCCAUCUCCUCCCUUAAUCCCUUCCAUAGUUCCAAUCUCUGGGUUGCUCUGUUUUUAUUUGUAAGUCCCCUCUCUCUAGAUUCUCAAUUCCAGCUUUGACUGUUGUUCUUGCAACUCUCUUGUUGUGCCCAUGUUCCAAAUUUUCAAUCCAAGUCUUCAGUUUGUAUUUGUUGACUGUAUUAUAUUUGAAAGGCAGAAUCUCUGAAACUUGUUUUGUGGAGUAACAGAUAUUCCCUAAUCUUAAUUGGGUUUCUCCCAAGUUUGAAAACUUCCGUGUAGAAAUAUUGUUCCAGGUCUCCAAAGUACACAGAAAAGAAGAUGUCAGACUUCUUUUUGGCAUCGAUUAAUGGUGACAUGAAGAGGUCUCCAGGCCAAGAUCUGCUAAGCGCCGUGUUACCUCUGAUGAAAAUCCUCUGCCUCAGUAUGGUAGGUCUGAUUCUCACACACCCAAAAACCCAAAUUAUCCCAAGGGCGACUUUCAAGCUCCUCAGCAAGCUCGUGUUUGCUCUGUUCUUGCCUUGCCUUAUCUUCAUCCACCUUGGUCAGUCAAUGACCCUCAGAAAUGUUGUUAAAUGGUGGUUCAUCCCUGUAAACGUGCUGUUCAGCACAUUUAUUGGUUGCAUGUUGGGCUGCUUGGUUGCGGUCAUAUGCCGUCCAUCUCCCCAGUUCAUUCGGUUCACCAUCAUCAUGACUGCAUUUGGAAACACCGGGAAUAUCCCUCUUGCCAUUGUUGGGUCGGUCUGUCACAGUGCAGAUAACCCGUUUGGACCUAAUUGUCACAGAACUGGUUUUGCUUAUGCCUCCUUUGCCCAGUGGGUUGCUGUAAUUCUUGUCUAUACACUUGUCUACCACAUGAUGGAGCCUCCGUUGCAGUAUUAUGAGGUCGUCGAUGAGGGGGUCGAGAAUCUUGAGAUUGAGGAGCAAACACCAGUUAACGACAUCAGUAGGCCUCUCCUUGUUGAAGCUGAAUGGCCAGGCAUUGAGGAUAAAGAAACUGAACAUUCCAAGACACCCUUCAUUGCCAGAAUUUUUAACAGCAUCUCAAGUUUGUCACAGGCUGCUCUUCCUGAUCUUGAUCUCACUGAGGAAGGAAGCUGCAGCAGUCCUAAGUCCAUUAGGUGUUUGGCAGAGCCGAGGGUUGUCCGGAAGAUUAGAAUUGUUGCUGAACAAACCCCAAUACAGCACAUACUUCAACCCCCAACAAUUGCUUCUCUGUUGGCGGUCAUCAUCGGGGCAGUACCACAAAUCAAGAGUUUCGUAUUCGGGUAUGAUGCUCCACUUAAUUUUAUCACAGACAGUUUAGAAAUCUUGGCUGGUGCAACGGUGCCUUCCAUAAUGCUUAUUCUUGGAGGAAUGCUUGCAGAAGGACCCAAUGAGUCUAAACUGGGGAUUAGAACGACAAUUGGUAUUACAGUGGCAAGGCUGUUGGUGCUUCCUUUAUUGGGGAUUGGGGUUGUGGGUUUGGCAGAUAAACUGAACCUACUGAUUGAUGGUGAUAAGAUGUACAGAUUUGUGCUUUUACUGCAAUACAGUACCCCAAGUGCCAUCUUGUUGGGAGCCAUUGCCAGCUUGAGGGGUUAUGCAGCUAGUGAGGCUUCAGCUCUCCUCUUCUGGCAGCAUGUCUUUGCUAUUCUCUCACUCUCAGUUUAUAUUUUCAUCUACUUCAAGCUGAUCUGAUAUGUUGGAAAUUUAUACAUGUGAUGUCUUCUUUCUGCUUCUCUCAUUUAUUGUAUUCAGAUGGGAUUCCCCUGCUUGAUUACGAUUUAUUACUACUUGUUGAUUAUCAAUGCGAAAAUGGUUUUCUUUCAUUGAACUA